AUGGCUUCUCGAUUACCACUUCAACGUUUCUCACAGCAAAACCUGAGGGUAUUUCCUCGAGUUGCUCAUGGGUCCCGCGGUUUAUGCGCUGGGAGUCGCAGGAGUCUUACGUCUGUUGCGAUCCCAAAACAUGCCGGGAACGCUGGUAGAACUGCGGGUCUGCUUCGGGCUUCGGGAGCCAAUAUUCUCCGCAGCAAUGUCGCCCCCCUGGGCGGCUACCAAGUUCGAACUUAUGCCGAUACUGUCGUCAAGGUUCCUCAGAUGGCAGAGUCAAUCACGGAAGGAACACUAAAGCAGUUCUCGAAACAGGUUGGAGAUUUUGUCGAACGAGACGAAGAAAUCGCCACCAUUGAAACGGAUAAGAUUGAUGUGUCUGUCAAUGCUCCUGAAUCUGGUACUGUCAAGGAAUUUCUCGUGAGCGAGGAAGAUACCGUCACUGUCGGACAAGACCUAGUCAAGCUGGAGCUUGGAGGUGCUCCUGAUGUGAAAAAGGAAGAGCCAAAGGAGCCUACCGGUGCCGAAAACAAGCAGCCUUCUGAGCCAGAGCAGCCUAAGGCACCGGAAGCACCGAAGUCUUCCAGCCCUGUGCCUGAGCAGCCCCCCGCGCCGAAAUCCGAACCUUCAAAGGCGCAGUCGCAACCUACAUCAAAUGCUCAACCCUCUUUAGGGAGUCGCGAGGAGCGAAGAGUUAAAAUGAACAGGAUGCGGUUGAGAAUAGCAGAGCGCUUGAAGCAGUCCCAGAACACGGCCGCUUCCCUCACCACUUUCAAUGAGGUUGACAUGUCAUCUCUUAUGGAGCUUCGGAAGCUGUACAAAGAUGAUGUAUUGAAGAAAACCGGUGUGAAGCUUGGCUUCAUGAGCGCCUUUUCUCGCGCAUCGGUUCUUGCCAUGAGGGAUGUUCCUACAGUCAAUGCGUCGAUCGAGGGGCCCAAUGGCGGCGAUACUAUUGUGUAUAGGGACUAUGUUGACAUCAGUGUGGCUGUUGCAACCGAGAAAGGUCUUGUGACACCUGUGGUCCGUAAUACCGAGACGAUGGACCUUGUUGGAAUUGAAAAAUCAAUUGCAGACCUUGGAAAGAAAGCGCGCGACAACAAAUUGACAAUUGAGGACAUGGCUGGUGGCACGUUUACCAUUAGCAACGGCGGCGUUUUCGGAUCUUUGAUGGGUACACCGAUUAUCAACUUGCCACAGACAGCUGUUCUCGGACUCCACGCUAUCAAGGAUAAGCCAGUAGCCGUGAACGGAAAAGUUGAAAUCCGACCUAUGAUGUAUCUUGCUCUGACUUACGAUCACCGACUUUUGGAUGGCCGCGAAGCAGUUACUUUCCUUGUCAAGGUCAAGGAAUACAUCGAAGACCCACGCCGAAUGUUAUUGGGUUAG